CUGGGGACGGUGAAUCAGCUCUGCAGGGAAGUUUAGACCAAAAUACACUCACACCUUCAGCCUGGGCCAUGCAAGGAGUCACAGCAGAAGGAGACGCACACAUGGAGGAGAUGGAUAACCACAGCCUGCAGAUGGAGGAGACGGCCCAAAGCCUGCUGAGAAGACCUUCUCUAAAGGAGAGCUAUCACAGUGACACUGAUUUCAUGACAGAUGACCGCAGCUCUGCAGCCAGCGGCCUGGACGUGGCCGACCGGCUCACAUACCUGGAGCAAAGGAUGCAGAUGCAGGAGGAUGAGAUCCAGCUGCUGAAGCUGGCACUGGCUGAUGUUCUCAAGAGGCUCAACAUUUCUGAGGAGCACCAGGCGGCAGCUACCGCAGCUGGAGGAAGGAGAACACCAGGCGCCAAAGCCAGGCCUGUCUCCCUGGCUCUGCCCACCAGGACCCCCAUGGUGUCAUCCAGUGCUUCAACCCUCAAAAAGAGCUCAACAGUGCCCUCCAGUGCCACAGCCAGGAACUACAGCCCUACGCCACCUCUAAGUGGUGUAAGGAGCCCACCAGGUAGUGUGAAGGACAGUCCAUGCAAAACCACAAAAAAGGGGCCAACGGCUGCAGCCCCAGUCUGCAAGAAAGCUCCCGAAGGGAGCAACAAGUCCAGCGAGCCCGCUGUAAGCGUAGGAACAAGGCGGGUGACUCACUGCAAAGUGACUAUGCAGAUCUAUCUGAGCCCCCUCGCAAGAAAGACUGGGUCUUCUGAGGAGGCCAAGUCAGCGUCUGCAAUGCCUGCCCACAGCGGGCCCGGGACCGGCCCUGGGCCCCCUUCAACCAAGAGGAGCAUCCAGCCUCAGAUAAAGAAAUCAACCCCGUCCUUCACCUUGAACCUGCAGAAAACCGUAACCAGCCACAGCUCAGAGCAGGAGACGUCCAGCUACAUCAGCCCAGUCAAGUCACCCAGCCAGUAUUUUCAGAUUUGUUACUGACACAAGCUGACAUUCUGAACUGAUAUUGAAAGGUUUUUAUUAACCAUAAAUAAAUAUCCAGUUUUCCUGAAAUGUAAGCAUUUUUAUGGAUAUUUGCCUGUUACUGAGAUAAAAAAAAACACCAAAUCACUUAAAAUUGCAUAUCUGUGGCUAAU